AUGCAAAAACCUUCUCACUCUAAAACCCAAAUUUAUAGUCAAGUUUAUGAUCCUAAAAAAAUACAUUUGAAUCAAACAUUAUUUCUUAAAAGAUAUAAUAAUAUUUGGGGCUAUAAUUAUGAUUUCAAUAAAGGCUUUAAAUUUAAUUUUUGUAAUAAUUGUCAUAGCUGCUAUCAGCAUUCCAAAGAUACAAACUUCUCUUCACCCAAUGCUAACUAUAUCAGUAUUGAAGAUUCUGAUUCUUCAACAAACUCUAGUUCACCAAAUAAUGAUUCUGACUACAUAUUACCAAAUAAUAAAAAUUCAGAUCUUCAUUUGAAAUUAGAAGCAAAAGUUAUUAUUAACAUUAAAAACUCUAUAUCGAUACCCACAAAAUGGUUUACAAUUGAUCCAUAUGAAUUUGAUAUAUUUUAUUGUGACCUUAUUAACCAUAUUUGUAAGCAUCUUAAUAACAACAAUAUUGAUAAAGAUAACUUUGAAAUUACUUAUAAAGUAAAUGGACAUGAGCAGGAAUUGUCUGAUGAAGAUAGCGAUUCUAAUAAAAAAAUAUUGAAGACAAAAUCAAAAAAAAAAUCAAAAUCUAAUUAUAUACCAAAAGAAUCAAACCUUAUUACUAACAAGACCAUAUUAGCUAAAAUUGCCUCGCAACUUCAAUUAAAAUAUUAA